GUUGUGCCCUUUUUCUUUUGUCUCAUUAUUUUCUUUUUCUUCCCUUUGACCUUUUCUUUAUUUUCGACGUUGGAAUUAAUUCUUUCUCGUAUUUUGAUAUAUUGAUACUUCAAUAAUGAACCUUAUCAGUAUGGGGGUCGAUAAGUUACGCUUGUCACUUAACAAGGAACGUUCACCACCACCAACUAGACCACAAAGUACAGCAAGUAGUUUAGAUAGUGAAGACGGUGCCAUGAGUAGUGUUAGUGUUACUCCUGUUCGAACACCAAGUAAUGCUUCUGAAUUGGCUUUGGAUCCUAUCACCAUUACAACUUUGGAAAGGUCUACUAGCAAUAAAUCUCCUCCCAAGUCUAUAUCCAUUCCUUCUCCGGCUCCUCUUAAACCAGUUCACUAUUUAUGUCUUUCACCUUCUCAUCCUUCACCUUUAUCACCUUAUACUCAACAAGAAUUGCCUGCUAGCAAUGGAGAAGACAAGGAUUAUUUUUCUCAACCUAUGAAUGAAAAAUCUCAAUUGUCCAUCAGUAGCACACCUACAACCAAUAAAACACCAUCAGUAUCAUUAUCAGUACCAUCAUCCAGUCAUUUACCAACACCAGCUCUAAAAUCACCUAGUCGAGCUAUUCAUACAGUAGGUUCAAAUAGCAGUAAAAAGUAUGGAACUCAUGCAACCUUCAACGCCAGCGCUGCUCGAAAACGAUACCUUGUGAAACGCAACAAACAUCGUAAACUAUGCUUAGAUGAUUUCAUUAUCAAACAAACUCUAGGCACUGGUGCAUGUGGUAGAGUUCAUUUGGCUCAAAGCAAAUUCAACAAGAAACAUUAUGCAAUCAAAACACUCAAUAAGCACGAUGUGGUACGAAAGAAACAAGUGGAUCAUACCAACAAUGAAUUCACCAUCUUACGAGAUAUCGCUCAUCCAUUCUUGGUGACCCUUUGGGAUGCUUUUCAAGAUGAUAGUCAUUUGUUCAUGGUAAUGGAUUAUGUACCUGGUGGUGAAUUGUUCCGAAUAUUACGACGACAAAAGAACUUUUCUGAAGAUGCCGUUCGAUUUUAUACUGCAGAGGUCAUUCUUGCCUUGGAAUAUUUACAUGCCAAUGAAAUCAUCUACCGUGAUUUGAAGCCGGAAAAUAUAUUACUGGAUGCAAAAGGACAUGUCAAAUUGACUGAUUUUGGAUUUGCGAAAAGAGUACCAACUUAUACAUAUACAGUUUGUGGCACACCUGAUUAUUUGGCACCAGAAAUCAUUUUAUCAAAAGGAUAUACUCGCUCAGUGGAUUGGUGGUCAUUAGGUGUAUUAAUUUAUGAAAUGCUUGUUGGCCGACCUCCCUUUGAAGAUGAAAAUCCCGUGAAUCUAUAUGAAAAGAUCUUGGAUUGUCGAAUUGAUUGGCCUGAAGAUUUCAACCCUGUGAUUAAAGAUCUCUUACUUGGUUUAUUGACUCCAGAUGUAGAAAAACGGUAUGGUGCCGACUUGACAAAUGAUCGGGAUAUCAAACAACAUCCUUGGUUUGCUUCUAUAGAUUUUGAUUUGGUCUUCCAACGUCAAAUGGUACCUCCCUAUAUACCCUCAGUCAAGAACGAUGGUGAUGCUGCUUGCUUUGCAAAAUACAAGGAACCUGGUCAUCCAUAUGGAAAAUCUCAAUCUUGUCACGUAAUAGAUCCCUAUCGUUCUAAAUUUCCUGCCUUUUGAAUAUAGUCUCUCUUUUUUUUUUUAUCAUUAGUUUAUCUUCCUUUCCAUAGUUAGAUACAUUUACAUACACAUACAUAUCUUAUUACAUAUAUACAUACACACAUGCAUAUACUUUUGUUUAUAAUUUCAUUUUGUAUUAUUACUGUUAUUAUUCUUUUUUUUUUCAUGGAUUCACUUAUUACAUUAUCACCC